AACAUGAAUGAACGUGUCGCGGAAAAGGAAACAACAGACAACGGAAAGAAAAUUAGUGUCGAAAAUUUGUGUCUGAAUUCGGAAAAGUCCGUUGAUAUAGCCCACAAAAAAAUAUUCAUUUAAAUAAAAAUAAAUAAAUAAUAUAUUUUAAAAAUAUAUUCAACAUACCUUUGAUAUAGCUCCACCGUUUGUUAGGGCUCCACCACGCAAACGUUUAGAAUCGGUGUAUCGGAACGGGGAACGGUCUCCAACGCACACACACACUCUCUCACACGGCUCGGCUGCAGCGAUACAUACAUACACACGGUUGUGAUUUGGCGCGGACCUGUGUGCGUGAUGAAUGUGAAGCCUACAACAAAAUAAAAGAAAUCAGUGUGUGGUGCAGAGAAGGAGGAGAAGAAGCUGAAAACAGAAGUAGCAAAAAUACAAAAUACAAAACACACAAAAACAGUGAAUGUGAAACAUCCAAAUACUGCAAUUUCCUUCGAUUCUAAAUGAAACAAAACUAAAGUCUCUUUUGGUUUCCCAUAUUUCGUUUUGUGGUGUUUGUGUUUGUGAGUGUGUGUGUUUGUGAAACCAGAAAGGGGAACAGCAACAAAAGCAAAGCAAAAGAAGAAGAAAGAACCAGAAAGAAGGAAAAAAAAUGUGCGGGAGCUCGAAGAAGAAGCCAAAGCAGAUGAUGUAAACUUUGUUGUAACCGAAACUUGGCCAGAGAAGAGAUAUAGAGAGACAGAGAGCGAGCGAGAGUGAAACGAACUCUAGAAAAGAACACUCGAACGGAUUUUUCUAUCCACACCCCCCACCCACCUACCUACCUACUACUGCUCCAUCGUCUUUUCUCUUUGGUGUGUGUGUGAGUGAGAAAGAGAAAGAAAGCUUUUUACAAUGCCGGAAACGGAGCACGAGAGCUGCAGCAAAGAGUGGCUACAGGUCCAGCUGCGCUCCCUGGACGCCAAGGAGCUGAUCCUGUUGGACUGCCGUGGCUCGCACGAGUACAGCGAAUCGCAUAUCCGUGGCGCCGUCAACCUGUGCAUCCCCAGCAUUGUGCUGCGACGCCUGGCCACCGGCAAGAUCGACCUGGCCUCCACCAUCAAAUCACCGGAUCUGAAGGAUCGCAUCCAGACGGGUUACAAGCUCUGCCUCUUCAUCCUCUACAACGGCGAGGGCGUGGCCGGGCAGCAAGAUGUGGCCGGAGCUGGAAUGGGGGCCAACGAUUCGAUUAUCAAUAUCUUGCACCGCCGCCUCAAGCAGGACGGAUGUCGCGUGGUCGCACUGCAAGAUGGCUUUUCCAGUUUUCGCUUAGCAUUUCCGGAGUGGUGCGAGGAUGAUAGCCAGUCGCACAACAAAGAGAUGGAAACUAGUCGCAGUGUCCAGACCGAUCAGUUAAUGGGUCUCAGAUCCCUACGCAUUUCCACACCGCAUUCCGAUUCCGCCUGCAGCAGUUCGGCUGAAUCCUCAGACUGUGAGAGCACCAGCCAUCAUCAUCAUCACCAUCAUCAUCAUCAUCAUAGCUAUAAUGAGGCGCCCGUUGAGAUAAUACCAGGAUUACUAUUCCUGGGUAAUGUCACACACAGCGGCGACUCGAAGGCAUUGCAAAAGUACAACAUUAAGUAUGUGUUGAAUGUGACACCAGAUUUGCCAAAUGAAUUUGAAAAAUCGGGCAUUAUCAAGUAUCUGCAAAUACCGAUCACCGAUCAUUAUUCACAGGAUUUGGCCAUGCAUUUCCCAGAUGCCAUACAGUUUAUAGAGGAAGCGCGCUCUGCGAACUCAGCGGUGCUGGUCCACUGCCUGGCUGGCGUUUCGCGUUCGGUGACCGUGACGCUCGCCUACUUGAUGCACACGCGUGGCCUCAGCCUCAAUGACGCCUUCAUGAUGGUGCGCGACAGGAAGCCGGAUGUGUCUCCCAACUUCCAUUUCAUGCAGCAGCUGCAGUCCUUUGAAAGUCAACUGCGACUGAGUCCUGGCGAUGGCCAGGCUAUGGACGAGGGCGGCUGCAGCAUGAUGGGCGGCGUUAUGGAGCCACCCGUCAGCAGCUCUGUCUCGAAUUCGGUCUUAAUGGCCACCAAUCCCAGUGUGGUUGCCUCACGUUGCGGCGGCCGCGGCUCCAAAUUCUCGUGCAACUGCAUUGCCCCCGACUGCAAGUGCAUGCAGACGGGGGGCUUUAUGGCCGCCCAUUUGGCCAAGGCCACUGGGGUGUCGCCAGAUUCGGGCAUUGAGUUUGAUCGCUGGACACCAUCCUCGGACACGGGUCUCAAAUGAGACCAGCUGCUGGGUGGGAAGAGUUUUGUGCUGCCGCCAAGUCAGGAGAUUCUAUUAGCCGGAGGAGCCGCAGCCACAUCGCCACCGCCGUGCUGCAUUUACCUGGCAGCCAACAGCAGCAAUCCGGACAACAUGUCACCAGCCAGCACCACCAGCUCAUCCACAUCAACCACCACCACCGCCGAAGCGGUGUCGGUGGUGGAAGUGGUGCAGCGGGAGGAACUGCAGCUGGAAAUGGCCGACGAGGAGCAACUGGAGGAUGCAGAUGAUGCCCCCGAUGGGAACGCGUUCUAGAUGGCCAGUGACAGACAGGCAGACACUAAAGAGACAAAGCUUUUCCUACACACACACACACUACAUAUGAGCAGCGUAAAUAAUAGGGGCACUCCUGCUUGGGAUACGAAAUAAACGAAGAAUAUUUUCCACUUUCUUUGACAAGAUUUAUGCAACCAAGCGCAGGAAUACCCAUAAUAUAUUUAGAAUUAAUAUUAAUAUUAUAAUAUAAUAAAUCUAAUGUUUGGUACAUUUCUAAGGUCUAAAUGCAGAAAAAUUAUUGCGCAAAACAACAAACAAAAUCCAAUGUUAUCCACACAAAAAAGUAACAAAAAUAUAUAAAAUAUAUUUAUAUAUAGAGUAUAUACACCUCCUUCUCCCCCUCCCCCCUCGCCGCAUCCCAUUGUACAUGUUUGUAUUUAACUGCUAAGCCAAGUCAAGAGAAUAUAUAUGCAUACCGUUAUGUACGUUAAAGCAAAGCAAAGAAAACCACAAAAAAAAACAUACAAAAAUCAAAUAU